AUGGCCAGUGACACUGGUGUCUCCGAGUGGAACAACAGCACCGACUCCACCAACGUGUCAAGCACUGAGCGGAUGCCAGCAACAGAUUCAGUGGAGGAGCUGGUGGUGACCUGUUCCAUUGGGACCAUCCUAUCCCUCAUGUUCAUCGUCGGUGUGACAGGGAACAUCUACACUCUGGUGGUGAUGUGUCACUCCAUGAGAUCGGCCGCCUCUAUGUACAUCUAUAUCAUCAACCUGGCUCUUGCUGACCUGCUCUACCUCUCCACCAUCCCCUUCAUCGUCUGCACUUACUUCUUGAAAGGCUGGUACUUCGGGGACAUUGGCUGCCGGAUCCUCUUCAGCGUUGACUUUCUGACCAUGCACGCCAGCAUCUUCACGCUGACCGUGAUGAGCACCGAGCGCUACCUGGCCGUGGUCAAACCCUUGGACACGGUCAAGAGGUCCAAGAGUUACAGGAAGGCCAUUGCCGUGGUGAUCUGGCUCGCCUCCUUGCUGCUGGCACUGCCGAUGAUCAUUACCAUCAGGUUGAUGCGGACCCGAGGCAAAGAUAUCUGCUCUUCCACCUGGAGCACGCACGCCUAUGGGAUCUACCUGAGCGUCUUGUUCACCACCAGCAUCCUGGCACCCGGCAUAAUCAUUGGGUAUUUGUACAUUCGGUUAGCCAGGACUUACUGGGUGUCCCAAGUGACCACCUUUAAUGAUAAGCAAACCAGACGCUCGCCCAACCAGAAAGUCCUCUAUAUGAUCUUCGCCAUCGUCCUGGUCUUCUGGGCUUGCUUCCUGCCCUUCUGGGUGUGGCAAAUGAUCGACCACUAUCAGCCCCCUCUCUCCCUGGUCCAGAAGACAAAGAGCCACAUCAACUACCUGAUGACCUGCCUGACUUACAGCAACAGCUGCAUCAACCCGUUCCUCUACACGCUGCUGACCAAGAACUACAAGGAGUACCUGGGGAACCAGCACCGGGGUUUCAGCAGCAGCGGUUCCUUCCACCGGAGAAGCCACCGCUUCCAGCGCUCUUGCCGCCGCUCCCUGUCCACCAGCAGCCAGCAGUACACCGAGUCCAUGACUCUCAGCCAGAUUUCCGGAUCAAACAGCAACUGCAUCUAGAGAAAGUGUUCUACCAUCCAUU